UUUUUUGCGAUUGUAUUGAUUUACAGUGAUUCAAGUUAUUAAAGAUAAAGCGAGCCGAUACUAUUAUCUGCCAUAUAGUACAUACUGAGUCGAUCAGUUCAUCAAUCGAUGUAGCCAUAAACCGGAAAGGAUGUUCAUAAAUGGUCAUUACAGUCCACAGAAAAUCGUGUUAUACAGUAUGUAGAUGUAUCGUUGCAGUAUCCAGAUAGGCGGCAGACAUCGACAUAGCACUCUUCCUCUCAUAGUUUGGAGAGCAGAGUUUGUUUUCCACGUGGUUCUUGACGCUGGGCACAGAGCAGUACUGAAUUGGAGGCUGAGACUAUAAAAGAACACACAGCUAGAAGGCACCGACUAGGAAAUCCGGCGGCUCCACUGACAAAACAAGGUAACAGGAUUAUUGUGUUGUUAUAUUUGUAGGUGGAACAGCUAAAACGUGGACAAUUUUGCCGAAAAAACCUUAACAGCACAAUGGCCACUUCUGUAUAAUAUUGUGAAGAGACUAAUAUAUCUUGAUGUGCCCACGAAGACCCACGGGGAUUUACCUGUCAUAAACUGUUUGCGCCAUGCAAGACCAAAAUAAGUUACAUACAAGCAACUGUAUAGAAAGGUUUUCAGCGGAAAUUUAUAUAUGACACAGCCCUCAUCACCCAAGGUAAGAACUCUUUUUUUCUUACUAAAAAGGGUUGUCGGGACUUAUAUAAACUACCAGUUGUAAUGUUGUCAAUACAAACAAGAAGGAAAAAGUUUACUGCUUAAGACUACUGCGUUGCUUCACGCAGACCUACAAGCCCUUACUUUUUAUUUGCAAUUUUUCCCGAAGAAGAACUAACUUUUUUCACGGACUAUCCUAAUGUACUGUAACAAAAAAAGGGGCUGAUUCGUGUUUGCGGAAGACGGAUACCUUUUGAAGUGGAAAAAAAAAGUAUGGGAAAAAAUAUCAACAAAAAUCGCCACUGACUGCCAAUAGGCUGAAAGAAAGGGAAAAACCUAUUGGUAAUGCACACUUUUUAAAUGCCCCCUUCGAAAGGUUAAUUGGGGUCCAUUUGAUGUUCAACACAGAAAGUCCACUCCUGGAUAUCGAGGCGAGGUCUCCAAUGGGGUGCCACAACGUGACAAACGAAACUUUGCCAACAGGCCUUCCCUACACCAUCCAGAUCACGGUGUCCCUUACAAUACUUGUGGGGAUCCUCAUCCUCCUAACAUUGUUCGGUAACGUCCUAGUUGUCAUAGCAGUGUUUACAAGUCGGGCCUUGAAAGCGCCCCAGAACUUGUUCUUGGUCUCAUUAGCAUCUGCUGACAUCCUGGUGGCCACUCUGGUCAUGCCCUUCUCCCUGGCCAAUGAACUCAUGGGCUACUGGUACUUUGGUAAAGCCUGGUGCGAGAUCUAUCUUGCCUUGGAUGUUUUGUUUUGCACUUCUUCAAUCGUCCAUCUUUGCGCCAUAAGUCUGGACAGGUACUGGUCCAUCACCCAAGCCAUCGAGUACAACCUCAAAAGAACUCCCCGACGGAUCAAAUGUAUCAUCUUUAUUGUGUGGGUGAUUUCGGCAGUCAUAUCCUUCCCACCUUUGAUCUCAAUAGAAAAGAAGGGUGGAAAGGAGAGUCCGACGUGCAAAAUCAACGAUGAGAAAUGGUACAUCAUCUCUUCGAGCAUAGGCUCCUUUUUUGCUCCGUGCAUCAUUAUGAUUCUCGUUUACAUUAGAAUAUACCAGAUUGCCAAGAAGAGAACGCGGAUCCCUCCGGGGAAAAGACACAAAGACGAGGCAGAUAAGAAGCAGAACGGCUUUAUGGACAAGGACUGCCCCGAGAAACUAAACGGGGAAAAAGGUCGCAAUGAGGAGGACGGGGCUGGAGAAGGCGAUAUCAACGGGGAGGACGUGGAGGACUCUUCUUCUUCGGAUCACAACGUAAACAACCCGUGUUCUAUUAAGAAAAAGAACAAGAAUCGGGGGAAGGGCAAAACGAAACUAAGCCAGAUCAAACCCGGGGAUAGCAUUCCUAAAAAAGAAGAUGAGCGUAAUGCAAAGAGCUCCAGAUGGAAGGGACGCCAAAACCGAGAAAAACGAUUCACUUUCGUACUGGCUGUAGUAAUCGGAGUUUUUGUUAUCUGUUGGUUUCCCUUCUUCUUUACUUAUACCCUGACUGCCAUCUGCGACACUUGCUGCGUCCCCGAGACACUAUUUAAAUUUUUCUUUUGGUUCGGGUACUGCAACAGCUCCCUAAAUCCCGUUAUAUAUACCAUAUUCAAUCACGACUUCAGGAGGUCUUUUAAGAAAAUCCUCUGUAAAGGUGAACGGAAACGAAUUGUUUAAAACGUUAAACACGGACAGAUGAACCUUUUGCAGACUCAAAAAUCAUACAGCUUAUUGUGCAGCGUUCCGUGGUUUCAAGCUUGUAACUACAAUGAACGUCUAUUUCAAUGUAAAAAACCCCCGCUUUUUUGUAAAGAGCAAGCCACUUUUAAAGAAUGGGAUUUUUUCUUUUGUUUUGCCAAAGGCUAAAUGUACAGUAAGUAUUGCAAUGUUAGAUAUUUUCAAUAUUUGUCUAUACUGAGUAAAUUUGAAAGCAGGAGUGUUUUGUGUCAAAAAAGAUGUGUGAAAAAUAAAACUCAAAAAUCUUGCCCCACUGUCAUCCUGCUUUUAAGUUAUGGACAAAACCAUCUGAUGUGUACUUUUUCCUUGCACAACUAUUUUUAACAAUAAAAAUAGCGUGGAAUUUACAAAUGCUUUCUAAUGGAUAUGAUCUGAUUAAAUCUCGUGAACAUAUUUGAAUAAUAGCAGUAGAAAAGAACAUACUUUCCUAUGAGUACUUCUGUUCCUAUUCACUUUUAAAAAUCAUUAAAGGCAUAAUCCAGGGGAUCAAGAAGAUGUUUAUAUUAUCUUGGCUACACAGUGAGAAAUUAGGCAAGUCUGGAAUUAAUAAAAGUCUAAAAAAUAAAACUGAGUUAAAGCUAUAGCUUUACGUUUUUACGUUUUAUAGCUUCACUCCACACCUGAAGAAGGCUCCACGGCCGAAACGUUGUGUUCUCUUUCUUCUUUUUUUCAGCAUGGAAUAAACCUAUUACUUGUUCUGCUAUAGCUUUACUACUGCUGCCAAAUGUGAACAGUGAUGUCACCUGCAUUGCUGGACUGUACGUUGUAGUUCUGAAAACCACGAAGAUCACUUUAUUUGGCAAAUCAUCAUUGUUGAUUUUCUGUCAGGAAUAAUGUAUGAUAUGAUAUUCAAAGGCAAUCUUAGUUUCCUACAAAGUAGAGAAAAUUAAAGUUAAUAAAUGGAUGCAUACACAGCUUACAGUUAGAACAUACAUACACCAUAUGUUAAUGUUUACAGGAAAUUAUGGAAAAGAAUAUGGUUUUAUGGGUAAUUGCAAUUUAACGUAUGGCUCUUCCUGUAAUUUAAGCUGAUUCCACACAGAAGAGUCACUCAGCUGUUAGUCUUUAAAAAUUAACAAAUACAAAUACAGUUUAAUGUCCCUAGCUAUUUUAAAGCGUUGCUUAGUAUGGGCCAGAGUAGAGAUCAAUAUGAUAUGUAUAGGUCUUCUUCAUCUGGUGGUGCAAGAAGGAUCCAAUAAUCAGCUUUUAAGCUUUAAUUCUAAUGUAGUAACUUCAACUACAGCAGACAGGAGCUGAAUUCUAAAAUCAAAUAAUCUUAAAAUCACUCAGCAGGAGCAACCACAAAAUCUCUCCUUAACUCAUUAAAAAAAAUGAUUAUUAAUGUUUAAUUAUUGGGGUUGUCUUAGCCUAAUGCAUCAGAGACUGGUACGUGAGUGUGAUGAUUAGCAUAGAUGCCAAACUUGGGUUUGAUUCGACCUGAGGUACCUUUUGUAUGGAGUUUGCAUGUUCUUUCGUGGGCCAUAUGGAUUUUUUUGUCAUGUGAUCUUGUAUCCCCCCCAGAGUCCAAACAUACUGUACCUUAGUCUAAGUAAAUUGGUGUCUCUUAAUUGUGCCUCCUCAACUCUGUAUCUGCCCUGUGAUGGACUGGUGGUUUCUAGCCAUGGUUUUCCAGAACAGGUUGGGUGUGAAUUGGAAUUGGACUCAGUGGUUAUUGAAAAUCGAAGCAUGGUGCAUCAAGCAAGGUAGCAGUUUGAAAUCUUGAUCUGCUUGUAUCACUGUGAAAUGAAAAGUGAAUAUCUUUCAUAAAUCACUCCUGCUUUAACCAUUUUUACAUGUGACCAUAGCCGUAUACGCACCAACCACAACUCACUGAGCGAUCGGGUCUGAAAAUUAUUUUCUUUGUUCAGAGAACACGGUGCUGUAAUUUCAGAGGCUAGCAUUGAAUUGCAGCAGUGGAACAAAAAAUCCUGAAGUACACAAAUCAUUUGAAAGCUGACUUCAAAUGCCAAAAAUUUCAGUUUUUCUUCUUUUUAACUUGUGCUGUGUUUACAAAAAAGUUAAACUCAUGAGAUUUUAUCUGUUCUUCCCAGCGAAUCACUUUCUUGGUGUUUGUCAUUUUGAAAUGAUUUGUUUAAAAUUAAUAAUAAAAGACUUCAAAACAAAUAAAAACAGAAAGUACAGGAACGCUAGACACAAAGGACCCUUUUAACCUCUGUGUUUCCCAGUCUGUGUUUUAUGUCUUUAUUGUUGUUCACCACUAUGAAAUUUGAUACAUUUUUAAGUCGCCUUAUCCACAAUGCAAGCAGUACUAUUAGUCCCACAUCUGAAUUCCAAGUUACUUUUCCUGUAGACACUUUAGUUUUGUAUUGUGGGUUCAAUUUGUAAUUCUGCUGUAUUAACAUCUUUUUACAGUUCCCAUAUUUUAACACUGCUCGCAUUUGCUUUACAAUGUUUUUACUGUGAUUGAAUAAAGCUCUUUUCCUCUCA